AUAAAAGCACUGCAAAUGUGUUUGAAAUCAUAUCAGGAGUUCACAUCCACUCUUAUUUUUUCCUACAGAUCUACACACUUCCAAGUUUACUCAUGCCAAAUAAGACAUCAGUUAGAGAAUUCAUCCUUCUGGGACUUACGGAUGACCCAGAGUUACAAGCUGUGAUAUUCUUCUUUAUGUUAUUCACUUACUUAUUGAGUGUAAGUGGAAACAUGACCAUCAUCAUAUUAACACUAUCUAGUGUUUGUUUGAAGACACCCAUGUAUUUCUUCCUCAGGAAUUUCUCUUUCCUAGAAAUUUCAUUCACAACAGUCUGUAUCCCCAGGUUUCUUAUCAGCAUUGCUACAGGAGACACAACCAUUUCCUAUAAUGCUUGCAUGACACAAGUUUUUUUUUUUAAUCCUUCUGGGCUCCACAGAAUUUUUUCUUCUGGCUGUAAUGUCCUAUGAUCGCUAUGUGGCUAUCUGCAAACCUCUACGUUAUACAACUAUCAUGAGUAACAAAAUCUGCAUCCAGCUUGUAAUCAGCUCCUGGCUGGCUGGUUUCCUCAUUAUCUUUCCCCCAGUGAUCAUGGGCCUCCAACUGGAUUUCUGUGAUUCCAACAUUAUUGACCACUUCACUUGUGACUCUUCUCUUAUGCUGCUGAUUGCCUGCACAGACACAGAGUUUCUAGAGCUUAUGGCAUUUUUCUUAGCAGUAUUCACACUCAUGGUAACUCUGGCCUUGGUGAUUCUCUCUUACACACUCAUCCUUAGAACAAUUCUGAAGAUCCCCUCUGCCCAGCAACGGAAAAAGGCCUUUUCCACUUGUUCUUCCCAUAUGAUUGUGGUUUCCAUCUCUUAUGGGAGUUGCAUUUUCAUGUAUGUAAAAACAUCUGCAAAAGAAGGUGUGGCUUUGAGCAAAGGUAUAGCAGUACUUAAUACCUCUGUUGCUCCCAUGCUGAAUCCCUUUAUUUACACCUUAAGGAACCAGCAGGUGAAACAAGCCCUUAAGGACUUCACCCAAAAAAUGCCAUUGUCAAACAAGCACUAAUCAUUAUGAAAUCUGUAGUUAAAACCACAAAU